AUGAUGAGGAAGGGAAGUAAGUAUGAUGACAACAGUUAUGAAUUUAUUUUGCUUCAAUCUGCUAUGGAGAAGCUGGGUGUUCAGAGUGCACUCUUGUUGCCUGAGGUUGCUGAACCAUAUAGCAGGCAACGUUCUAUUAGACACCUUGAGAAAGGAAGGGUCGUCAUAUUUGGUGGUGUUGGUGCUGGCAUAGGAAAUCCACUUUUUACCACCGAUACAGCUGCAGCUCUCAGAACUUCUGAGAGUAUGACCUUACGCUAUCGGAACGUGUAA